CCCCCAGUUAAGAUGGCGGCGUCGGUGGCAGCCGCAGCUGCACGACUUCGGCGGGCCAUUCGAAGGUCGCCCUCAUGGCGGGGCCUUCGGGCGCUCUCAUCGGAGGCCUCUCCAACCCAGGCCGCGGCCGUCCGGGACGCCUUCCUGAGCUUCUUUCGGGACCGCCAUGGCCACCGCUUGGUGCCCUCCGCCUCCGUGAGGCCCCGCGGCGACCCCAGUUUGCUUUUCGUCAAUGCAGGCAUGAACCAGUUCAAGCCAAUCUUCCUGGGCACUGUGGAUCCACGAAGUGAGAUGGCAGGCUUCCGACGGGUAGCCAACAGCCAGAAAUGUGUGAGGGCUGGAGGACGCCACAGCGACCUGGAGGAUGUGGGCCGAGACCUUUCCCAUCAUACCUUCUUUGAGAUGCUGGGCAAUUGGGCCUUUGGGGGUGAAUAUUUUAAGGAGGAAGCUUGCAGCAUGGCCUGGGAGCUGCUGACUCAGGUCUAUGGGAUCCCUGAGGACCAGCUCUGGGUCUCCUACUUUGGUGGUGACCCCAAGGCUGGGCUGGGCCCAGACCUGGAGAGCAGGGAUAUCUGGCUCAACUUAGGGGUGCCUGCCAGCCGCGUGCUCUCCUUUGGGCCCGAGGAGAACUUCUGGGAGAUGGGGGAUACUGGGCCUUGUGGGCCCUGUACUGAGAUACACUAUGACCUGGCCGGUGGGGCAGGGGCUCCCCAGCUGGUGGAGCUUUGGAAUCUGGUCUUCAUGCAACAUAACAGAGAGGCAGACGGAAGCCUGCAGCCCCUGCCCCAGCGGCACGUGGACACGGGAAUGGGCCUGGAAAGGCUGGUCGCCGUGCUGCAAGGCAGGCGCUCCACCUACGACACCGAUCUCUUUUCCCCGCUUCUCGACGCCAUACACCAGGGUUGCGGGGCACCCCCUUACUCAGGCCGCGUUGGGGCAGCAGACGAGGGGCGCACAGACACAGCAUACCGCGUGGUUGCUGAUCACAUCCGCACACUCAGUGUCUGCAUUGCCGACGGCGUCUCCCCUGGGAUGUCUGGCGCCCCGCUGGUACUUCGUCGGAUCCUCCGUCGAGCCGUGCGGUUCUCUACUGAGGUGUUGCGGGCACCACCUGGCUUCCUGGGCAGCCUGGUGCCUGCAGUGGUGGAGACGCUGGGAGAUGCUUACCCAGAAUUGCAGAGGAGCUCAGCCCAGAUAGCCAGCCUGGUGUCGGAGGAUGAGGCAGCCUUCCUGGCCUCCCUGCAGCGUGGUCGGCGGGUCAUCGAGCGGACCCUGAAGCGCCUGGGGCCUUCCGACGUAUUCCCAGCCGAAGUGGCCUGGUCCUUGUCCCUGUCUGGGAACCUGGGGCUCCCCCUGGACCUGGUGGAGCUGAUGCUGGAGGAGAAGGGGGUGCCGCUGGACACUGCUGGACUGGAGCGGCUGGCCCAGGAGGAGGCCCAGCACCGGACGCUGCAGGCCGAGCCGGUUCAGGAGCAGGGACUGCGGCUCGACGUCCACGCCCUGGGGGAGCUGCAGCGCCGCGGGGUGCCCCCUACCGAUGACAGCCCCAAGUACAGCUACUCCCUGCGACCGGGCGGUGGUUACGAGUUCAGCACCUGUGAGGCCCAGGUGCUCCAGCUGUAUACAGAGGAUGGGACAGCUGUGGCCUCUGUGGGGGACGGCCAGCGCUGUGGCCUCCUCUUGGACAAAACCAACUUCUACGCUGAACAGGGAGGCCAGGCUUCCGACCGAGGCUACCUGGUGCUGGUGGGCCAGCAGGACGUGCUCUUCCCAGUGGCUCGGGCCGAGGUCUGCGGAGGCUUCAUCCUGCAUGAGGUGGUGGCCCCUGAGUGCCUCAAGGUGGGGGACCAGGUGCAGCUGCACGUGGAUGAGGCCUGGCGUCUGAGCUGCAUGGAGAAGCACACGGCCAUCCACCUGCUCAGCUGGGCACUGCGGCAGGCCCUGGGCCCCGGCACAGAGCAGCGAGGCUCCCAUCUCAAUCCUGAGCGGCUGCGCUUCGAUGUGGCCACGCAGGCUCCUUUGACCCCAGAGCAGCUCCGGACAGUGGAGGGCACUGUGCAGAAGGCCGUGGGGCGGGAUGAGGCCGUGUACAUGGAGGAGGUGGCUCUGGCACGCACUGCCCACGUCCCUGGCCUGCGCUCCCUGGAUGAGGUGUACCCAGAUCCUGUGCGGGUGGUAUCCGUGGGGGUGCCCGUGGCCCAUGCGCUGCACCCAGCCUCCCAGGCCGCACUGCAGACCUCUGUGGAGCUGUGCUGUGGGACGCACCUGCUUCGCACGGGGGCCAUAGGAGACCUGGUCAUCGUCGGGGAGCGCCAGCUCGUCAAGGGCAUCACCCGCCUGCUGGCCGUCACUGGGGAGCAGGCCCAGCAGGCCCGGGAGGUGGGCCAGAGCUUGGCCCAGGAGGUGGAAGCAGCCGCAGCUCGGCUGAGUCAGGGCAGCCGGGAUGUGGCGGAGGCGCAUCGGCUAUCCAAGGACAUCGGGCAACUCACCGAUGCCGUGGACACCGCCACAAUGCCCCAGUGGCAACGGCGGGAGCUUCAGGCCACACUGAAGGCACUGCAGCGGCGUGCCAACACUGCCGUCCGGAAACUGGAAAUAGGGCAGGCUGCACAGAAAACCCAGGAGCUGCUCCAGCGGCACACGGAGGGGCCCCUGAUUGUGGACACAGUUUCCACGGAGUCCCUCUCAGUGCUGGUGAAGGUGGUCCGGCAGCUGUGUAAGCAGGCGCCCAGCACAUCCGUGCUGCUCCUCAGCCCUCAGCCUCUGGGACAGGUGCUGUGUGCCUGUCAGGUGGCCCAGAGUGCCACACCGGCCUUCACAGCAGAGGCCUGGGCACUGGCCGUGUGCAGCCACAUGGGGGGCAAAGCCUGGGGCUCUCGAGUGGUGGCCCAGGGCACUGGAAGCACUGCUGACCUGGAAGCUGCCCUCAGCACAGCCCGAGCCUAUGCCCUCAACCAGCUCUGACCGGGCUCACGCAGGGACUCACACACGCUGAAGAGACUGCGGCCAGGGCAGUGCCUGGAGCCCUGAAGGAGCCGGCAGAACCUCCCCGGAGGCUCAGCAGAGGACUCAAGUCUGGAGGCCAAGCAGCUGUGCCAAGAGGGUGCCCUGGGCUGGGACUUGCACAGACACAAGAAGAUGGGGGCUGGGGAAGACAGAAGUGAGCCUGAACAUAGACCCCGCAAGGUGGAGGUGGAGACGCACACGGCUGUUCUGGCUGUGAUUGUUCAUUAAAAUGUAUUUCACAGGAUAGGAAGCUCCAGAGGGCUUCCCAGCUAGCGCUAAUCAUAAAGAACUCACCUGCCAAUGCAGGAGACGUAAGAGACCAGGAUUUGAUCACUGGGUCGGGAAGAUCCCCUGGAGAAGGGAAUGGCUACCCACUCCAGUAUUCUUGCCUGGAGAAUCACAUGGACAGAGGAGCCUGGCAGGCUAUGGUCUACAGGGUUGCAAAGAGCCAGACACGACUGAAGCAACUCGGUACACACACAUACAGGAAGCUCCAGGACAUUCUUUUACCUAAAAAAAGGCAGCCUUUCCCCUCUCAGCAACCUGGAAUGGGUGCCCCAUCCCUAGUUUGACCCCUCACACUGGACUGAAAGGCCACCUGGCAUCCAGAUCUGAACUCCCCUCAUCACCACCACAAGCGCUUGGCCAAGCCCGCUGUGCCAGCCUGUUCUGAGCGCCCACAAAGGCCUCCCUAGCCAAGAUUGAAAACUGUCAUGUGAAAGUCAUGAGAGGUGGGCAGAUCCUCUCUGGUGUCACUUACUUCAUUAACAACUUCUCAUUUUAA